CAAAUUUUCGUGUUGGUGAACUCAAACCAGCCUCAACCGGACGCGACUGAACGGAUAACGCCCUGAUAGUCCGUCAAAAUAAAUACCAAUCCGCGGAGAGCUUAAUUUUGAUGGUUCAUGAGAUGAAAACCGCGAUUUAGCCACCCCCGACGACUGUUCGCCACCAUGACAUCCGACGUUCGCGACGUGCUCAACCUCCCCGAUGGGACUUCAGGCCCCCGACCUGCGAAGAAACAGAAGAUUGCGGCGCCCAGGCCAAACCUGAAGGGCCUCGCGCGUGAGGUGCACAACCUGGGUGGCGACAACCCGAUCGCGAUCGUCCCCGAAACCACCCAUUUCAAGAAGCGACGCUUCGCGAGUCGCAAGCCAGCUUCUCGAUGGGAACUACGGAAAUUUCGAAACUCUGCACGCGAUGACCCAAGCUUGACCCUGCGACAUUGGAGGCGGGUAGGCGAGAAGGCAGAAGGCGAGGCGCAGGAGCAGGCACCCGCGACGGCGGACGAGAAUAUUCAGCCUUCGAAGGACGAGAUGGAGGAUUCUGCCUUUGCGAAAUAUAAUGUCCAGGUGUCGGUGCCCCAGUACAGUGAAGGCCAAUAUCAGCAAUCACUGCAGAACAACGACUGGACGAAGGAGGAAACGGACUAUUUGCUGGAACUGGCGCGUGACUUCGACCUACGAUGGCCCUUGAUAUGGGACCGGUACGAAUGGAAUCCACCUGCUACGAACGGCGACAUGAACGUCGAUGGCGACGAGAGUAAGGCCAUCGUGCCGGCGACACGAUCCCGUUCGAUGGAGGACCUGAAGGCGCGGUAUUACGAGGUGGCAUCCAAGAUGAUGGCUGCACAGAAGCCCGCCCAGUACAUGACGCAACCCGAAUUUGCGCUCCACGAACUGAUGGCGCACUUCAACCCACAGCAGGAGAGACUCAGGAAGGAAUUUGCACUCAACGCCCUGACCCGAUCGCGCGAGGAAGCCCGAGAAGAGGAGUCGUUGUUGCUGGAGAUCAAGAGGAUCCUGGCACGCAGCGAACGUUUCAACGACGAGCGCCGGGAACUGUAUAACCGCCUCGACUACCCCCGUGCAGACACAGACAUCAACGCCUUCAAGUCUUCUGCUGGUCUCCAGAACCUGCUUCAGAACCUCAUGAGUGGCGAGCCCCUCAGCCCCCCAGGCCCUCAACAAGUCGCCGCUGCCCAGGAGGCUGGACGACGCGAGAGCACUGUCACUUCAACAACUGGUCCUCGCGAGCCUGCAACCGCCGCCCCAACACCGACUUCCACUAGCAAGAAGGGUCAACAGGAGAAACCCGAGCGCCGGAAGCUUACCACCCAGGAGGAGGUGGUAUAUGGUGUUACGCAUCACGACCGUCUGGGUUCUGGACCUACCUUCCGUACCGAGAAAAUCAACAAGCUCUUCUCGCACAAGUCUAAUCAGCAGCAACUACGCAUCACCAACGCACUCAACGAGCUGGAUGUGCCCAACAAGUUGGCCAUGCCUACCGCGGCGACAACUCAUCAGUACGAGCUACUCCUUGGAGCUGUGAAUAGCCUGCUCGACGCUCGCAAGGUGUCGGACAAGAUUGAUGCCGAAAUCAAGAUCGAGCAGGCUAAGAAGGCUGAGCGAGAAAAGGCACUGGCCCCCGCGGAAUCCGAGCCUGAGACGAAGGAAGAGACCAAGGAUGGUGAGGGGGAUGUCGACAAAGCUCCGGAGGCAGCCGAUACAUCCAAGGAAAAGUCGGAAGGGGAUGAGGUCGCCACCACCAACCCCGUCAGUGAGGCGGCCACCAAGGACGCAGUCGACUCAGCAGCCCCCACGAACGAAGCGGCAGAGACCUCGGCAAAGCCAGAAGAAGAGAACGGCGAGGCCGAUAAAAACGGUCGGCCAGGAAGUAGUCACAAACGCAGCGCGAGUGUUCUCAGCGGGGCGAGUGACAAGAGCACGAAACGACAGAAGAAGUAG